CCAAUCACCUGCGUGUAUACUCAGCCGCUCGGACGUAUCGACCAAUCAACGUGCAGCUCACACAAAAGUCACUUCUUCAACUUCCUAGCGGGAAUCCGCACACAGGCAGCAGGAGCGAAUGAUAGACAAGCAAGAUGAGACUAUCCCGAGCUGAAUAUAAAGAGAUAGUGAGAUGGACCGAGCAGCUGAGACCGACCCGCCAGUGUAUGAAGAUGCUGAAGGACAGAUUUCCAAAUCACUCGCAGUCCACUCUUCUGAGCAUCUUCUCCCUGGAGUACCAGAAACGAACCAAAAGAACAAUAUCAAGACACCAUGCACCAGAUGCUAUUGAGAGCUACUACCAAAGGUAUCUGAGUGAAGCCAAAGCACAUCCCGCUGCUCCCGUCCUGCUGGAGCUGGCCAAUGAGGUGGAUCUGUCUCCUGCACUGAUGGCUCGUAUCAUCCUGGACAGGUUCCUUCAGGGCCCGGAGGGUGAAAUGCCAUCUAAAACUGUCCUCAGCAGCAUGCUUAAGGAGCCGUCGUUAAUUCCAGACCAAAUUUUGGCCAACAACGUCUACCAGUGCACAAUAAAUGACUGCUGUUAUGGACCGCUGGUAGACUGCAUCAAACACGCUAUUGGCCAAGAGCAUGAAGUGCUACUCUGUGACAAACUGAAGGAGAGAAACCUUUCUUUUCUAGAUGAAAACCAACUGAGAGCUAUGGGCUACGACAAAACACCUGAUAUCAUCCUGGAGGUUCCCAUUGCUGUGGAGGGACACAUUGUACACUGGAUUGAGAGCAAAGCCUCAUUCGGAGAUGACCACAGCCAUCGCACCUAUCUCAAUGAGCAGUUCUGGAGCUAUUGGAACAGGUUUGGUCCAGGCCUCGUGAUCUACUGGUAUGGCUUCAUAGGAGAGUUGGACUGCCAGAGAGACAGAGGCAUCCUGCUCAAAGACUGCUUCCCAACAGACAUUGUCACCCUGUGCCAUGCCGCCCAGCAGGAACGACUGCCGCAUGAGCCAGAAUAAAGACAAAGAGUGAGAAAAGUAGAAGAGUGGAGCAACAAAAAAAAACUAAAGAUGCAAGGAUGAAUAGAAGGAAAGAGAGAGGAAGACUGGGAGGCAGGAAGGGUAGGAACAGGGGUGGAUACCCAGAUCCGGAAGCAAUUUGGCUUUCCUGCAGUGUGAGACUCUUGGCAAAAAUCUGCCCUGAACUCAACCUGACCCUCGGUCCGUCUCUUCUUUUCUUCCCCUCUCUUCCUCUGCCCCAAAGCUACCACAUGUAAAUACACACCAGCAUUCUGUAUAUCUGACAGCACAGGGUCAGAGUCAUACCUGUGUGUGAAAACACCAUCCUAGAGGCUUUCCUGGCGGUGUUCGGCUCCUGGCCCUUGGAUGGCCUCUCGCAACGGACGGCCAGGGUGAGAGCCGGGGCCAAAAGCGGGACAUAUGGCCCUUCCUUAUCACACCCAAAGCCCUGGCCUUUGUCACUCCUUCCUCCUCUGCUCCAUCGGCAGAUAAGAGAGGUGCGGUCCGGGGGCUGGGUGGAUGCCUGACUCUCACCUGCGUCACUCAGUGCCCUCUCAGUCACUCUCCAGUGGGGUAAACAGGAUCAUUUCAGAUUACGGCUGGUCUUACUGUGACCUUUUUUCACUUCUCGUUCUAAAAUCUAUUGAGGAUUUUGUUUCUCCUUGCGUUGAAGCAAGUUCACGCCGCAACUGAAUUUCAUCACAGCAAAGUAUUAUCAACACUUUGCUUCUGUUUCUUUUAGUUGUGAAUUAUCUUAAUUAAGAAGAAGACACACUUUAAUUAAUUCUAAUUAAAGUGUGUCUUUUUUCACAUGGCUCCCCUGCUAACCUCAGGUUUCAGAGAGUUUGAUUACAUUACACCACAGGUGUUUGUUUUUCUCCUCGGCUAGUUUACAUGGUGUUGAAUCAAGGUGUGGAAAUCCUCAUCCUUGAUUAAUAGGUUAAUCUUUCAAACAGUCCAGAAACCAAAGAUAUUCAGAUUACCAUGAUAUUAUAAAACCGAAAA